UAUGCAGACGUAUUCAGUCAUGUCAAUAUCUUCAAAUAAAUAUGGAACGAAAGUAAAGAAAAUUGACAGAAAUACAGGUAGUCAACAUUCUCAUUACUGAGGACUUCAAAAAUUGCCAGGUUGAACAAGGAAAACUGACUACAGGACUAUUUCAAGAAAAGAUAUGCCAGGUAAUUCUUCUGAUACUCAAAAAUCCUGUGAAACUUCUGCUGUCUGCUUAAACUACGUAGCAGAAGAUGUAGCUGACGAAAGGUAUUACAAAAAUACCACGAGUGAAGAGUGGUUUAAUCUAGCUGUAUUCCUAUCAAGUGGAAGAAUUACGAUUCCCUUGCUCCUAUUAAUCAUACCAACUGUCUUAGGCCAUUUCAAAAUUAUUUUGGUUAUGGCUGGUGAAAUACAAGUUAAGAUAUACUCUUCGAAUCACUAUUGUCUUUUUCAUUUUCUUCCUCUUCUUGGAUUUAGUCUGUUCCCUGUUAGGCGCUUAUGAUGUUGCACAUACUUUAACAGAAUUUGUAAAUGUUCCACUUUGCCAGCACAUUUAUUUCGUAACUUUAUUAUCUGGUACAAUGUUUUUGACCAUGAUAGUCGUGCGAUACCACUGGAGCAUGCCAUUAGAUAUAAAAAGGAAUGUGAAUAGCGGGAAGUAUAACCAUCUAAAGUGCCCUAUGGUAAGGUACAAGAAUAUUGAAAGGAUUAUUCAUAACAGGGUGGAUCAGGGGAAUUCUGAAUUUAUGCCUCCGGUUUACACCAAUGGCUGGAUACCCAUCGUAGAAUCCAGAUCAUUGAACAAAGGAGCUCUGAUUCCUGUUGAAGCUCUUGGACAGCGGUUUUGCGUUUACAGAAGUGAGGAAGGGAAAGCUCACAUCAUAGAUCCUUAUUGCCCACAUCUGGGUGCAGAUCUUUCAGUUGGAGGUUGCGUAGUUGGAGAAAAUAUCCAGUGCCCUUUCCAUGGAUGGCAGUUCAGUGGGAAAGACGGCGUAUGUCGUAAAAUUCCCUACGCAAAUAAAGUUCCCGAUAUUGCUAAAACUAAAGUUUGGCCGACACGUGAGCGGAAUGGCUACAUUUUCGUAUGGUACCACGCAGAAGAUUGUUCUCCUGACUGGGAAAUGCCUUCUAUACCCGAUGUUGAAGAAGGACGAUGGAUAUUUAGGGGAAGAACGGAACACGAAGCAAAGUGCCAUAUACAGGAAAUCCCAGAGAAUGGUGCUGAUGUAGCUCACUUACAUCACCUGCACUCGCCAUCUGUUUUCCUCGGAUCAAAGAAUACAACAGAAAGUGCAUUCUCAUUGUGGAGCUUGGUAGCAAAUGUGUGGCACGAAUGGGAACCUAUAUGGGAACCAGACGAUGAAAGGCGUCAUGUCGCUCGUAUGCAACUGAAGCAACGCACAUGUAUUGGCAGAUUCAACGUUCCGUUUUCUAGUUUGAAGAUGAAUAUAGAACAGAUAGGUCCAGCAACGGUGCAUAUGCAUAUGGAAACCUUCUUUGGCAAGGCUGUUUUGUUACAACAUAUCACUCCAUUAGCUCCGUUUCGUCAAAAGAUUGUUCAUUUGUUGUACACAGAACCCAGCUUCAAGCAAUUUCCCGCUGAUCUGUUCAUACUGGCAGAAGCAGUAAUGCUUGAACGAGACAUUGAGAUUUGGAACAACAAAAAAUUCCUGAAGUAUCCAAUCAUCUUGAAAGAAGAUACAUUCAUUCGCAAAUAUCGUCGCUGGUACUCCCAGUUCUACUCUGCAAACAGCCCAAAACUUCAAGACGUAAAGCAGAGUCUGCUGGACUGGUAACUUUGAAUGUGAAAAAUACUGUGAUUUCUCAUUUGUACUGUAACUUUUUUGUACUUCAUAUAAUAAAUAACAAAUUCA